AGCAACCAACAGCGGGGCAAGAUCAAAAAUGAUAAGAUUUUGCGGUGGAGGAUAGAACUCUCCACCUACACCUAUGAUAUCUUGUACCGGCCUGGCAGACUCAAUGAGCCCCCUGAUGCCCUAUCCCGGGGAACAUGUGCUAGCACACAGCUCGACCAGCUGUACGCCCUUCAUGCACAACUUUGCCAUCCGGGGGUCACCCGAUUUUACCAUUUUGUGAAAGCUCGGAACCUGCCGUACUCCCUGGAGGACAUCAGGACGAUGACCAGGGACUGCCAAAUUUGUGCCGAGUGCAAACCGCACUUCUACUGUCCUGACACGGCACAACUUGUCAAGGCCACCCGCCCUUUUGAACGCCUGAGUGUUGACUUUAAGGGCCCCCUUCCCUCCACUGACCGCAAUGUCUAUUUUCUCAGUGUUAUUGACGAGUUCUCACGGUUCCCCUUUGCCAUCCCCUGCCCCGACACCACUGCCACGUCCGUCAUAAAAGCCCUGCGCCAGCUCUUCACUCUGUUCGGGUAUCCCUGCUAUAUCCACAGUGAUAGAGGGUCCUCCUUUAUGAGUGAGGAGCUGCGCCAGUACUUGCUAGCUAGGGGCAUUGCUACCAGUCGGACCACGAGUUAUAAUCCCCGGGGUAAUGGCCAGGUAGAGCGGGAGAAUGCCACAGUGUGGAAGGCCACACUUUUAGCCCUUAAGUCCAAAGGGUUGCCGGUCUCUCGAUGGCAGGAGGUCCUCCCUGAGGCACUGCACUCUAUCCGCUCUCUGUUAUGUACGUCCACCAAUGCCACCCCUCACGAACGCCUAUUCUCUUUUCCCAGGAAGUCUGUCACUGGGACCACCCUACCAGUUUGGCUGACGUCCCCGGGGCCAGUGCUGCUCCGGAAACAUGUGAGGAGCAAUAAAUACUCCCCGCUGGUGGAGAGGGUUCACCUUCUCCAUGCGAACCCCCAGUAUGCUUACGUGGUCUUACCUGAUGGGCGGGAGGACACGGUCUCCAUCCGCGACCUGGCACCCGCAGGUGCAGCAGACCACUACCCUGAAGGCUCUCCGGUAACUGUGAACCCUGCACCAGAGGUGACACCGUACUCACCAGGCCCUACACAGACUCCUCACGACACUUGUAUACCGGGCGUUUCGUACGCAUUUAUACCAGGCGCCUCGCACAUGCAUGAGGGAUCACCGGCGCCUAGUGGGCAAGAACACGCGCAACCCCCGUCCCCUGUGCAAUCGCCAAUGUUGCCGGCACCUAUGCGGUCACAGCCGGUGCUACGUAGAUCGUAGCGACAGAUUCGACCGCCUGAUCGGCUUGACUUGUAAGAACCUUCGCUACAUGAGGACUUUUUCAAACGAAGGGGGGGUGAAUGUGGUGAACUAUGUGCCUGUCGGGACACGCCCCUGCUGACUGCUCCUGUGGCUCCUCCCACAGGCCCCUGUAUAAAGGAGACCUGCGGCCUGAAGAUCGGCCUCAGUCUCCAGGACCUUGUAUGAUAGACACUCACUCCUGGUUCCUUCUUCCAGUCAAUAAAAGCCGAUA